GUCAGAGCCUGAUGCACCUGCCGCUGGCUGGCCACGGCCCCGUCGCUCCACAGCGCAAGUCUUCGGGAGCAGCUUUGGGGCUGACACCGCUCUCUCAAAUUAAGUAAAGGAUCCAGAAACCAAAAAGAAAUCUUUGCAGGACACAGACAAACACUGGCAUUGGCUGACUUGGAGAACCCUGGAAGUUUUCACCAUGAAAGGUUCCCGGCGCCCAAGAAGCCCCAGUGAUUCCUGCACGGAAUCCAAGAGCGAACACGCGGGAGAGAGCGGCUCCAGCAGCACGCAAUCGAAUGCCCCAAAACGCCAGAAAGUGGAGGAGCUGGGUCCUCAGCCAGGUGUAGAACCAGCUCCAGUACAGCCAGGUCCCCACCACCCUGCACAGCAGCCCCUGGAGCUGCCCCAGGGCCCACAGCUUCCCCACAGGAAGCUGAUCAUCGUGGUCCUGGAACCAGGAAUGCUCCUGCACCUGCGGCUGGGAGAGGAGGUCUUGCUGCUGGACCCACAGGGAGCCCUGCGACUCAGCCUCGUCAGUGUGCUCCUCCUGGUGGUCCCUGAGCAAGUCCUGAUGUCCUUGAAGGAUCUCUUGUACCCUGCCCAUGCCCGCUGGCUCCUGUUCACGAGCACAGAGACUGUCUGGGAGAUUGACAUUGAAAAUGGAUCUGUGAGAGCCCAGAGAGCAGAGAAUGUGUGCGUGGCGCCUUCAGUAAAAGAGAGUGAGGCUCCCCAAGGCUUCCUGCCCGUGAUGGGACCCCCGUCAAACCUUGUGCAUGGAAUCGGCCCUUCUUCCCGGCGUGUCCUCUACCUCAAACCUUGCUACAGAGCCGCUGUGCCCCAGGGCUCGUCCCAAAUGCCCAAGCCUAGGCCCUGGAGACAGGCUCUGCCUGAAGAAUUCAACUUGGAUCUCCAUGGCCUGGAGCCCCUGCCCAACUCUGCCCUCAGACCUCUACCUCCCUCACCCAGUCCGGAGCCCACAAUCUGCCACGAGGUUCUAUGGAGGCCAAUGUGCAAGGCCCGAAGACGUCUCUUCUCAGGCUGAUGGGCCGUGAACCCUCAGGCACCAGAUGGCAAUCAGAGAUGCUCUGUUCAGAAUGAAGCACGCCUGCGUUUUCAUGGUGUCUGCCUGCACAGGUGUCUCUGCUCCUCGGAGGAGAGAUGCUGCGCGAGCUGGAGAGGUGGAGAAAUGCUCCGUCCUCUCACCUGAACCUUUGCUCUGCCUCAGAUGCUCUUGAUUUGUAUAAAAGAGCAACCUUGAGAUUGGGGCACAAAAUAUUUGCAAAUCUAUACACGCAAGGACUGCUCAUACCCAGAAUACACGGAGACUUGUCAAUACUCCAAUGGAACAAACAAACGAUUCUGUUCAAAACCCAGCAAGAGACUUGAGCAGACAUUUCCUCAAAGAGGAUGCAAACAAACACUUCAGAAAGUGUUCAGUAUCCCUCCCCGGGGAAAUGUAUGUCAAAUACACCUUGAAAUACAACCGAGAAGCUCUUAGAGAAGCCACCAUGACAAUGCCUGACCGUCCCAAGCGCUGCAGAGCAUGUGGAGAAAGUGGAACGCUCUGACAGUGCCGGUUGAAAUCCAAAUGGGACAACCCGCAGGGAGAAAGAGUUUCAUUGAUUCCUAAUCAAUGCAAUAGGCACUUCUUGGAACCAUCUUUCCCACCCUGAGAUAGUUGUUCUAAAGAAAUUAGAACUCAUGUGGACAAGGUUGAGGGCAGAGGCUUCUAGCACCUGUCCUCACCAUCGCCAAAACAUGGAAGGCACUUUAAUGUCACUCAGCAGUGACUAGAAACAGGAACUGUGACCCAUUCUUUCAAUGGGAUGCAAUUCAGCAAUGAAUGGGCUGGGAUUUUUGUUUGUAAAUUCAGUUCCAAGAAUGAGUAGUGAAUAAGUUGUUGGAACACUUGAAGGUAUGUUUGGACUCUUAGGCUAUGUGAGACUUAUCCCGAGAUUGUAACUCUCAUGAAAUUGACACGCACAUCAAGCCUGUGUGAUCGACAUUCAGUUUCCAAUUGAGGUUUGCUGUAAAACACAUACUAGAUUUUGCAUCAGAUAAUGAAGCCUUGUAGCAUGUAUCUUAUUCAUCACUGCAAUGUAAAUUCUAUUGCUGUUGAUUCUAUCUGUAUUUCUUGGGUUAAAUAAAAAUGUUAAAAUGA